UGUUCUUUGGCCUUCCUCUUUUCCUCUUCCCUUUAGGAUUUCAAGUUAGCGCUUAUCUUGUAAUGCAGUUUGAUGAUUUCAGUAGUAUACUUCAAGUUAAUGUCUUGUUUUUUUUUAAUAAUUUUUAUUUCAGUAAAUUCUUUACAGAUUCAUCCUAUCCUAUUAAUAGUACAGUUCUUUCACCGUAUAAUUCAUCAAUGUUAACUGAAACAAUUUCUGAAUUACGAUGUGUACGGCAUCAUCCUAUUGAUUUUGAUAUGAAUACUAAUACUACUACUAAUACUACUAUACUAAUACUACUAAUGACUGUAAAACUAAUCGAUUAACAUCUCUUAGUGACCAUAUUCUUUAUUCAUCACUUCAAGCACCAUCAAAGCAUCUCAAUAAUCAUCAUACAAAUGAUAAUUACUUGACGACUAAUGAAGUUCAUAAUAUCUGGAAGGAACAAGAACACUUAACAUCCUCCUCCUCCACCUCCUCCUCCUCAUCAUCAUCAGCUACAUUGAAACCAACAAAUUCAUCUGAUCAUCUUAAUCAUAAUCAAUCUUUAUUAGAUAAUUAUGAAUUACCAAAUUGGUUAAAUUAUCCACCGAAAAAUUUACAAUCAUUAUGUGCUUUAUGGCAAUUACCAUAUAAUCAACAAAUUAAAAAAUCACGAUUAAUUCUACUUGGAUUUAUAUUAUGUGAUUCAGCAGCUGAAACAUUAUUUCAUCAAUCCAAUGAUAAUAAUGAUUUUAUGAAUGAAGAUAUUACUGAUAUUAAUCAUCAUGUUAGUAGUAAUGAAAAGAUUCAAACUACUCAAAUAAUUGAUAAUAUGAAAUCUGCGAAUUCCAGUAGUUUACGUGCAUUACAACUGUGUCGUUAUGUAAUGUCUUUAUUUAUCAAAGAAUUCCCUUCGGUUUAUUCUCUUAUCCCUACAAUUAUAUCACUUUGGCUUAUGGAUCGAGGUUAUUUUCAAGAGUCUAUAUCUUCUGAUAUUAUAUCCUUCAUUAUGAACUCUACUGAAAUACAAUCAUCAUCAAUAUCAUCAUACUAUCAAAUCCAUAAUGAUCUUUUCCCAAAUCAAACUAAUUUCAUCAUACAUUUAUUCAAGAAAUAUGGUCAAGAUGAUUUAAUUCAUGAUUUAUUGAAACAUUUCAUCAAUUCUAAUCAUAACAAUUCUUCAUUAUUGAAUUACAAUUCAAACAAUUUGAAAGUAAAACUAUCAUUUCAACAAUUAUUCAAUAAGAUUACUUCUACUACUACUGGUACUACUACUAGUACUACUACUGCGACUACGACUACCCCUACUUCUACCAUUGUGAAUCAUAUUAAUAAUAAUAAUGAUCAUAAAUUAAACAUGAAACCUAUUGGUGCUCCAUAUUUGGCUUUAUCAAAAUUACGUAAUUUAAUUCAUAAAAUGAAUCGUUUACAUAAUCAAAUAUCAUUACCAAUGAAAGUAUUAAAUUCUAUUGACAAAUUAGCACGUAAUUCAUUAAUUCAAUUAGCUGAAAUAUGUAGACAAGCUGGUCGUUUAAGUGAUUUAAUUAGUUUAGGUUUAAAUAGUUGGGAAGCAAAAGUAUUAUUUGAAUAUUAUGAAAAAACUGGACAACAGAAUUUAUUAUUUCAUUGUUUAAUUGCACGUUCACAAUAUCAGACUGCUAUGGAAAUAUUCAAUAGUUACCAUGGUGUAUUACCAUAUGAUAAAACUAGAUUAUUACAUAAUAAUACAAUUAAUUCUACUAUUAUUGAUCAUAAUGAUGAACAUGUUCAACGAUUACAACUUGAUUUAAUGAUACAAUUAAUGAAUUCAUGUCUUCCAUUAUUAAAUACAACUAAUGAAUUCAAUAAGAAAUCUAUUCAAUCUAAUUAUUAUUAUCAUCAUCAUCAAAUGGAUCAUUAUAAAGCAUUAGCAAAUGAAUAUGUGAAUAUGGAUGAUAUUCAAACGAAUUCUGAAUCAUCUUCAUUGAUUCCCCAUGAUGAUGAUCAUGAUCAUGAUCAUCGUCUUCGUCAACCAUCAUCCUCAUCAUUAUUAUCAUCAUCAUCAUUCACACAAUCACAAUUAUCAUUACCACAAAUGGAUAAUAGAGAUUUUAUCGCUUAUAAACAAACUACUCCAUUAAUCUAUCCAUUAACGGAUUUAAAAAAAUCUAAUCCAUUAAAAAAACCUACAUCUUCAUUAUCAGCAUUAUCAUCAAAUAAGUAUCAAUUGAAUUCUUGUAUUGGUAAUCCUUAUUCAUAUGGUGAUAUAGAUGAUAAUCAUGAUAAUCAGGAUGAUGAUCGUCAUCUUAUAGAAGAUGAAAUGAUUAGAAAUAAUCGUAUUAACAAGUCCAAUUCAUGGUUAUUAACUACAAAUAAAAAAAGUCGACAAGAAUUUUGGAAUACAUUCAAAGAAUUACAAGAUCUUCAUGAAAGUUGUGGAUUAAAUUCAAAUAUUUGGUUAAAUGAUAGUCGUUGUCGUCUAAUGGAUUAUACUACUAUUAAUACUACUAAUUCAACAAUAGUAACACCAACACAACCAGUUCAUUUAAAUGAAUCUCGAUUGAAAUUAAAUAAAAAACGUGAAUACCCUACGAAAGAUAUUGAUGAUCUUGACAAGUACUUGUUUAAAUGUAUUUAUACACCACCAUCUUGUGGACGUAAACAAAUUCAUUCAAAUAUUAUAACAAAUCGUUUAAUAACAUCUACUGCUUCAUUAUUCAAUAAUUCACUGUCAAGUCCAUUGAAUCAAAAACCAAUUUCUAUUUUAAAGACUAAAAUGUGUCUAUCGAAUAAAGAAAUUUCGGUUUCGACAAUGGCUAACUCUAUGAAAACAACGAUUACAACAACAACAACAACAACAGCAGCAGCAGCAACAGGAACGACGAUUGUUUCUUCUUCUUCAUCUUCAUUAUUCUCCACUUCUUUGAAUCCUGUCAUAUCCUCCUCCUCCUCCUCCUCCACAUCAUCAUCUUUAUCACGUUCAACAUAUACAACAAAUGUAACAAAUUGUAGUAAUAUGAAAGAUUUAUCACAUCUAAUAAAAGAAAAUAAUUUAUUAAGAAAUGAAUUACAUAUUAAUAAAAAUACUACUGAUCAAGAAAUCAGUAGUAAAAUUUAUGAUAAUGAUGAUGAUUGUAAUAUUGAUGAGAAUGAUGAUUGUGAUGUCACUUUAAAUUUAUCAACUGUUCGUCCAAGUAUUGUGAAUACAGAGAAAUUUCAGCAUAAAUUAAUACAGGAUAAUGUAAAUAGUAAAUGUAAUGAAUUCACUUUCUCCGCUCCUCAUCGUCUCUCUUUAACAUCAUCGAAUACACCAAUCUUUAAUAAAUCUAUCGAAAAGAAUGAAUUUCUAUUUUCAGCACCAUUAAUAAAUAAAACAAUUAAACCUAACCAAUCCAUAGAUAAUAAUGAUAUUGAUCAAGUUUCAAUUUUACCAAUCUCAAUGGAUGAAUCAAAUCAAUCCUCUUCUUCAACUAUUAACAAUAAUGAUUCCGAUCAAAGUACUGUAAAUUGCGAUCAAAUGAAUACGGCUAAGAACACAUACCUAAUUGAUCUGAACAAUACACCUUCUCUUACUAAAGCUCCAAUUUUCACACCUCCAAAAUUACAAAAUCCAACGCUUAAUGUAAAUCAAAUUCAUACUAAUGAAACUACUCAUCAGUUAAUCAAUAAUGAUUCCAUUGAUAAUAAAGAAGAUAUUACUCCAAAAGUGACAAUGAAAUCACGCAGAACACGUGAUCCACAUUCUUAUCAUAAAACAUCUAUUCAUUCAUCACAACAUACAACAGUAAUGAAUCUUGAUCAUUUAGAUCGUAUUCAUCAACAUCCUCAUCAUCAUGAUGAACAUAAUCAUUAUCAUUCAUAUCAAUCUAUUGAUAUGGAUGAUUUUGAUGAUAAUUCAUCUGUAACAAGUUCUAUGACUAAUGAUUCAUCAGAUACUGUACGUCGAUCAACUAGACGUGUUCGACCACCGAAACGUUAUGAUUCUUCAGCUGUUUAAUCAUCUCAUUUAAAUUACUAUACAUUGUAAUCAUACUAUUAAACUGGGGAAUUUUUGUUUUAAUGGUUCAAUUUUCAAAAAAAAGAGAAAGAAAAAAAAGAAUAUUGAUUAUUUGUUACCCUAUGUGUUUAUAUAUAAUCCAUAUUCAUUGGAACAUGUAAAUGGAUAAAAGUAUGUACUGUGCAUUUUGUUGUACAGUUUGUCUUUUUUUGUUUGUUUGUUUGUUUUAAAUAAAAAAUGAAUUGAUUCUUUAAAAAAAAGAAUUUGUAAAGUGGA